AUGUUCUCCUUUUUCAAGCUCCAAACCUGUAGGUGCUGGAUUUGCCUGGAGGAAUCAGAAUAUGAUCAAACGUGGUUGAUCCAUAAAUGUGGAUGUAAUUUACAAGUUCAUAAAACAUGUUAUCUUCAAUGGAUAUAUAAGAGAAACAUGGAUGAUUACGAAUUGUUGCGACCUAUCUUUGACAAUGUUGAUCAACGUGUUAAGGCAAGUCUUUAUCAUAUUUUGGACAAUCAUCCAUAUUUUCCUAGGGAAGGUAUGUGGAAUAAGAACAAUCUAUUAUUCUCAUUAAUAUCCCCUCAACCCAUUAGAAUGUUGGGAAUAUAUACCAUGUUCUUCAAAGAAAUUGUGAAUACAGAUUCCUUAAUACUUUCUAGAAGUCAAUGUCCACAAUGCCAAAAGCAAAUACAAUUAACAGAUUUACGUCCCUAUAAAUCGCCAAUAUUACUAGACCUUAUAUAUCAAUGGAAACUUACAUUGGAUUAUAUUGGAAGGCAUGCCACAUAUCUAACAAUACCUCUCGUUUUGGCUCCUUGGUCUAUCCAAAAAUUCUUAGUAAGGAUAGGAUUACGUCAAUUACAAUGUUUAUUCCCUGAAAGUAUAUUAAGAAUAAUACUCGAUACUGUUACCACAAAAUCUUUAAAUACAUUCUCAGAAACAACUAGCGGAUUGGCAAGUAUACCACCUUACACCCGGUUUCUGCUCUUUUUGACUCCCCUUUCAUUCUUUGCCAUUAAUUCUCAUGUGUUCCCCUCCAGUGCAGUAAGAAUCAUAUGGACCUCAUUGAUCUUGAGAAGAAUUAAUGUAAAGUAUACUAAAGAUACACCAAUUUUAAAGACAGCAAGGAAAUUAUUCUUAAUCUCCAACUCUCUCAUAAUGUUAUAUUUUAAUGUGAUGAGACAAUUAUUAAGUAGUACCAUUUAUAAAAAACUAGCACAAUCAGUAUUACUUUCCAUUCAACAGGAAUUUGUGAAAGUGGAACCCCUUCGAAAAGAUACCCCUAAUGAUGAUGAUGAUGAUGCCUACCGAGAAAAUAUGCUUGAUUAUUCCCAAACGUUAGUAUAUUCGGGUGAUUUUGAAAAUAUAAUCGAAUGUUUAGCUUGGCCUUUUAUAGGUAAUUUUAUUGGUCAGAAAUUAUUGAAUGGCUUAUUAAAAUUAAAAAGAAUCUAUAAAUUCAAGUGGUUACAUUUCAUAUAUGAUGGUGAGACUGAUCAAAUGAUUUUUAAUUUCAUUGGGUGUGGUAUACUACCAGUAAUUAAACAAUUGGCUCGCUUAUAUGCAAGCAAAAAAUAUACUGAAGAAUUACAUGCUACGGCAAAUUUUAUCUUUAAUGAAUUAGAAUUCCCAAACGUUAUUAAAUAUUAUAGACCUUUUGAAAUAAUGACUAAACCUGUUUAUAUUGAGGGGGAGUUAUUGGAAAAAUUGAAAAAACAAGUACAUUAUGAAGACAAGCAAGGCGAUUAUUAA